UGGAAGGACAGAAUUUUUCAACAGCACUCACUCUGAAAAUGGACAAGAGGACCUCUAUUUGUCUGUUAUAUAUUGGUCUUUUGGUUCUUCCUGCCCCAAUCCUUGCUGAAGUCAAGACUGAGAAAGAACGACAAAGACGUCAAGCUAUAGCUUUACCAUUGGCCUCUCUUGCUGGAACAGCAGUAGCUGGCCCGGUGUUUGCCGCCCUUCUCGCUAUUUAUGGUGCCUAUACAUUAGCAAAAUAUCAUAUCUCAGAUAAAGACAGCCAUGAAUGUGGUAGAGGUUACUGCAGAAAAGUGUGUUUUGAAAAAGAGAAGAUAGACUGGGGGCUGACAUAUGGCUGUGGAAACAAUUAUUGUUGUGUGUAUAGUUAGAAGAUCAGAAUUCUGCUGAUUGGUCAUUGCCGGCCAACUUAACUAUCCAAUAAAC